ACAUGAUCGGAGAAAGUAUAUUUAGAAACUUCAUAAAACGUAAAUUUUGUAAAGAAAUUCAAUUUGAGAUGGAGGGGUAGAAAGUGUACUACAAAAACGACCUAAUAGGCACAAAAAUGAAGAAACCGAAAUAAAGAGCAUUUUCUGCCCUUUUCCCUCCUGAAAGCGAAGAAGCAGAUUGGAAUGAGUGGGGGGGAAAUGAAACAGUUCCGUGGGGACUCCUCCCUGCCCGCCGACCACGGUUGUUUCUUCGCCGGAAAAAAUGCUGCAUCAUCUACGAAUCUCCUAGAUUCUCCGGCGGAUGCUCGGUCGUCUUCUGGACACCAGCUUCCGGAAAAGAGCCGCAGAGCUGCUGCUGCGGCGGCGACAGAGGAGGGCGGAGAGCAAGAUGUUGGAGACGAAGGAGAUGAGCAUGGAGACGGAGAUGUUGAAGUGGACGGCGGCGGCGAGAGCGGGGAGAGCGGGGGACACCUUCAGAUACAGCAGCUGGGUGAAGGGUUUUACGACCUGGAAGCCAUUAGAAAGAAGCGAAUUCGACGGGGCAAAGUCGAGUACUUGAUCAAAUGGAGAGGAUGGCCUGAAUCCGCCAACACAUGGGAGCCUAUUGAAAACCUAGAAACAUGCCCCGAUGUUAUCGCUGCAUUUGAAAGGAGAUUACUGUCCCGGAAACAAGGGCGUAAGCCAAAGUCCAACACCAUUACAACAAAGAAGCUGCAAAAUUUCUCUUCUGUCCCUACAAACACUACUUAUAUCACUGAUAGAAAUGAUAACCAAAGUUUUUCUCCUCCUCCUCCACCUCCACCUCUUCCUCUUCCCCCUGCUCCUGCUGCUAAUAAUAAUAGACGUACUAGCCAUAUUGAAACAAGGCAAAGGCGGCGUCUUUCCAUUGCAGUUGCUAAGGGUAAGGCUCUGGCUGCCAGCUCAAUGGAUGAGCCUGAAUCAAGCACGGAGAAUCAUGUGUAUGACAAGCUUUGCAGCGAGACUGAUUCUGGAAGGCACCUCCCGGAUGAGCUCAAUGAAAAUCAUGAGCAGGAUCGAGUUCCAGGAGAUUCUGUGCUUGCUAAAAGGAGGAAGUUAGGUCCCAUCAAGCAGAAUCCGAAUGGUGACGCUUGUAAUGAUGUCCCUGAUGUGACGGUAAUGGCUCCUGACAGUAAUCUGGUUGCAAAACCAGGUUUUGAAGAUGGGUGUAGCAUUGCUGAGAUUGUCAACAUUUUGAAAUUUGAAGAAGCUUCAUCCAAUUAUACCCCUGAUGUUCUUGAAAUCUUUGUGGUUAGGAGGUCAGAUGGGAGGGAGGUGACCGCAAACAAGGCGUUUCUGAAGGCAAAUUAUACUUUCUUGUUGAUUGAAUUCUAUGAACGAUUGCUUCGGGAGUUCCUAAGGUCAUGAUCUUGAUGAGUAGAGAGUGUGAGAGAGAGAGAUGCCGAGACUGUUGUGGCGAAUGUGGCAUGGGUACCUGUACCAGCAUGUACAUUAAUUACUAAAUGAGUGUUGUUGUACUGUUUAUUUUGUUUGUAGCAUGAAGCUGUAGUAAUGAUGUGGGAGAUGAAAUGUAGGACUUUUUCCAGUAGUUACAUGAGAUCCAACAUUUGAAUUCUUGAUACAGACAGAGAUCCUAAGCAGAGCUUUUUUUUAAAUCCUGGUUUUAUGUACUAUUGUGGAAUUAUUAAAUUGUUGUUCAAAUG